CUUAACAAUCAGAUGGCGAGACUUCGCGGUGUAGUUGAAUUCCAGGAGAAGAACUGUACGGAGCAGUUCAAACCAUUUAACGGAAAAGCUCACCUGUGAGACAUUUCUCCGAGAAAACAGAAUUUUCGAAUUAACUCAACGGCUGACAGAGAGACACAAAACGUAAUAUUUUCUGUGCGUGCGGGUACCGGCCAGAAAGAGACGAUGAAACCCUACUUGGUGUUCGCGAUCCUUUCUUUCAUAGUGACACUCCGAUCGUGUCAAUCAAGUUGUGAGGAGCAAGAGCCUCAGGAAUCAAUGCUAGAGGAAAGGUUGAACAUUGACAACGUCCCGCGUGACUACCUGAAGAGGUAUAAUGACAUAGAUUAUGACACCUUUGUAGGGCUGAUGGGCAGAAGAAGUGCUGGGAUGAAUAAUCUACCACCACUUAAAAGAGACAUGGACGAUAUCUUCGUGGGACUGAUGGGCCGGAGGAGUUCAGAAUCCAGUCACCUGCAAUCCUGGAGAAAGGAGGGGUAUCCACAGGGAAGAGGAGCCAUUUUAUUCAACAAGGGUAAACUGAGGUUUCGCCGCGGUGUUUAAGACCAGCUUUUCGCCCUUUACUGGAAUGUAUUCCCUCUUAAUUUCCGUUUGAGUAUUUCAGACCCUAGACAGUUUAUGGAAAGCUUAAACCUUUAUUCAGUCAAGUUUCCUAGGGUGCUCAUUAUCUAAUGGAAACCGUGAAACUUGGGAGUUAAAGAGUUAAGAGGGAGUUCACUGUUAAGGAGUAAAUGAACAGCUGCUAGCUGCUAUUUUCUCUGCUUUGUCUGUGUAAAUCAGUGUUUUCCUUAUUCACAACAAACUGUGUGAUGUAAACUCAAUUUACAGGUCUUUCAGCAGAUGAAGCACAUCUUAUGUUGUCUUAAGUGCCAGAUCUAUUCAGUGUAUGUAUCUAACGAUUGCUUCUGAAGAAAUGUGUAAUUUCUUUAAAAGUAUAUUUUUGGGAAAUAAAAACAAAUUACUGGA